AUGGUUUGUCAGCAAUGCAUUAUUAUUGAAAUUAAAAUGACCGAAGUGUUAAUGACACGUUCCUCAGAUAUGGAUGAAGAGAACAAUGCUAAUCCCAUCACAUCAGUCAUUAUCGUUGCUGACAAGAAUCGAUGUCCACGAGGUUUCACGCCGAUCACAAAAACUUUUGAUGAACAGAGUGAUGCUGACUUAUGGAGAGAAAGUUCCUUCACUUUUUUCAGUCGGCCAGUGCGAUAUUUAGCGAUCAGUAGAGAGGCUCCUCGAAACACGGCCGGCGCACAUGUGGUGACUGAUUUAUGCGUUGUAAAGGAUUCAGAUCCCAUUCCUAUGGGUUUUAUCGCUAUUGAUUAUACAGCCGACUCAAAAGAGAAAGCGCUACGCAAAAAAUAUCUCUGCGUUCGUACAGUUGCACGAGAUGCUGUUGUAGAUGCCGUUGGAGAAAUCAUUUUGUUAAGUAAAUGGCGAAAACCACUCAAGAAUUAUUCAUCUGCUGGAGAAAUAGAUGGAAUUUUAAUAUGUUUUAAACAUAUUAUAAUCCCUUCAUCAUUUGGUAUUGCGAUCCCUCGAAGCAGGUCUACGACCUCCGGUUUGUAUCCCCCAAUGGAUACUGAGCUUCGACAUUCUGACCCUUCGCUAGAUAAAACAGCUAAAAAAGGGAGCUUUAAUACCAGCGCCUUGACUAUAAAAGCAAGUGUCAAACGAGGUAUUGAAGAUAUUCCCUUUAAAUUGAAUCCGCGAGUAGAAAGUACUCUAGACAAGAAGUUCGAUGAGUUACCAGACUUGAAAACAUACGACUUGGAACAGCUCUAUCGUGAUUAUUCAUAUCAGUUUACUUUGGAGCGAGCUACGCUUUCCAAUUCGUGA